AUGCUAGUUCGGCUAAAUGGUAGGCCAAACAACGAAAAAAAUAUUGUUACUGUUACAAAUUUUGGGGAUAGUGCUAACAAACAAGAAUACGAACAGUGUGCACGAGAUCGUGUUCGUCGUGAACAACAGCUAGAAGAGGAGGAAGAGCGAAAACGUAAAGGUCUAAAACCUAAACCAGCUGAUGAUGUUUUGGACGAAGAUGGACCUCGUGAUUUGCUUACGGCGCGCACAGAGAAAGUUGUGCUCGAUGCUAACUUGGACCCAGUUGGUUCAAAGCACUAG